UGUUUUAAACUACGUAGUUAAACAUCCAAGUGUCAACUUCUGGGUUAUAAUGUUUAAGUUAAUAUUACUCUUUGUCUUCAUUUAUGGGGCUACUGGAUCUAUAUUGCCACCAAGGUUUUAUAGCCCUGGUGUAAGUAGGAUCGUGGGAGGUGAUGACGCUCCUGAAGGAGGAAUACCAUACCAAGUGUCUCUACGAAGUCUGUUUAACUCUCACUUCUGUGGAGGUUCUAUAUUGAACAAGAGAUGGAUUCUAACUGCAGCCCAUUGCACAGUCGGAUCUUCGCCACUUACCAUAACAGUAGUCGUGGGAACAAACAGUUUGAAGAAAGGUGGAGUCCAAUAUUCAGUUGAGAAGAUCAUUGUCCACAAAGAAUAUGACAGUGGACUGAUUAUGAAUGAUAUCAGCAUUCUGAAAGUCAGCGAAGAUAUAGAGUUCAAUGAAAUAGUUCAGCCUAUUGAGUUGCCCGAAGAAGAUACAGACCCUGGUGCUGACUUGGUACUUACUGGUUGGGGCAGACUAUCUUACCCUGGUAACUUGCCGGAUAAAUUACAAAUGAUCAACUUAACAUCACUCAGUGUGAAGGAUUGCAAGAAUAUCUACACUUUCAUAUCACCUGUAUUCGACUCACAGAUCUGUUCACUUACUAAAAGUGGAGAAGGAGCAUGUCAUGGAGAUUCUGGAGGUCCCUUGGUCGAAAAUGGCAAAGUGGUUGGCAUCGUUUCCUGGGGAGUCCCCUGCGCUCGUGGUUACCCAGACGUCUACUCUAGGGUGUACUCCUUCAAGGAAUGGAUUCUGGAGAACAUGAAAGAGGAAACUGAUAACGUUGUAAAUUAUCUAAUGAAAUAGACAUGCCUAAAUAUGAUUUAUCUACCAAAUAGGCGUCUGCAGACUACGAUAGUUGCACAACAUAAAGCUAUAUUAUUUUUUGUGUUUGUUAAUAUGUUUUUGAACCAAAUAAAUAUAUUUUCUUUC